AAUUUUGUAAUUUGUAACCCACUUAUCAGAAAAAAGGGUUUCCCGAAAUACUUUCCCAGCCAGCUCUUACACUCGCCGCCGUCAAUUGGAUAAGCCUCUGCUCAGCUUCGAGCACAAUGGCGCAUUCAUGCGUGUCCUCUUCUCUCGGAUUUAAUUCCUCCUCCCUUUCUCUCUCUACGCCAAACCCUAGCUCCUUCGUUUCCUCCUCCUUCAAAUCCCUCUCUCUCCCCUUCCAACCCCUUUGCGCCAGGAAAUUGAGAAAAUCAAAUCCCCAGAAAUCUUUAGUGAAGGCUGUCUAUGCGCCGGAGUUCUAUGCAUCGGAUUAUAGCUCGCGCCAGGGAAUUUGGUCGAUGAGGGAUGAUUUACAAGUUCCUUCAUCGCCAUACUUCCCAGCAUAUGGGCAAGGGGGACAGGGACCACCUCCGAUGGUUCAGGAGCGUUUCAUGAGUGUUAUAAGUCAGCUUUUUCAAUAUAGGAUAAUACGAUGUGGCGGAGCAGUAGAUGAUGACAUGGCCAACAUUAUUGUAGCUCAGUUACUCUAUCUUGAUGCUGUUGAUCCUACCAAGGAUAUAGUCAUGUAUGUGAACUCUCCAGGAGGAUCGGUUACUGCUGGUAUGGCCAUAUUUGAUACAAUGAGGCAUAUCCGACCUGAUGUUUCAACCGUAUGUGUUGGACUUGCAGCUAGCAUGGGGGCUUUUCUACUGAGUGCCGGUACUAAAGGAAAGCGGUAUAGCCUUCCCAACUCAAGGAUAAUGAUCCAUCAGCCACUUGGUGGAGCUCAGGGUGGGCAGACUGACAUAGAUAUUCAGGCUAAUGAAAUGUUGCAUCACAAAGCAAACUUAAAUGGUUACCUGGCAUAUCACACUGGUCAAAGCUUAGAGAAGAUAAACCAAGACACUGAUCGUGACUUUUUCAUGAGUGCUAAAGAAGCCAAAGAAUACGGGCUUAUAGACGGUGUCAUCUUGAAUCCACUCAAAGCUCUACAGCCACUUGCAGCUGCUGCAGAUCAACAACAAUAAACUUGGUGUUUACUUUUCACUAAUUUAUUGUCAUUUUUCUACAAGUAAUAUGGGGUUUUCAUGAUUUGUGCCACUCAGAUUCCUUCUUCAGCAAAAAUUUUUGAAUAGAUGUUCCAAUACAUUGAACUUCUCCAUUUCUUUUGAUACAGGAGUUCAAAUCCCUUCAGAAAAAUUUCUGGAAAUAUUUCAAAUCUA